CUUUAUUCAAAAAUUAGUUGAGUUCCUUGUUGUCUACUCGUUUUUGGAUCACUUCUAUUCUACAUCCCUUCUCCACCAAAGAAAUGUUGUCCCCCACAAGAUAAAUCUAAAAUUCGUUUAAAUUUCUUUUAGAAGAAUAACAAAUAAUAAAAAUCAUGUUCAUCAGGAAGAUCCGUCCACUUCCACCCUGUUCUUUUUUUUGUCUAUAUAAAAAACCCAUUUUCCCAUUUUUUCAAUUAACGAAAUCCCCGUAAAAUAUCGUUUUUUCCCCCUUGAUUCUUCUCUCUCAAUUGGGUCUCCCCUUUUUCUUCUUCAUCCUUCUCUUUUCGCUUCUGGGGGUUUCAAAAUCGAUCCCACCAUUUGAUUCCGGUGAUAUUCCGGCGGCGAUAUUUUUUUCUGUUGCUGCUGCAUUUGUUUACAAGAGACGAAGAGUUUUUGUUGUGUCUUCAAAGUUAUUCUAGAUGGUUCUUCUCGGUUCCAUCUUCUCAAUUUGCAGGGAUGCAGCUGGGGUAGCUGGGCACAUAUUUGCUUUUGGGCUUUUCCUGUCACCCUUAGAUACAUUUAGACGUGUGAUCAGAAACAAAACAACAGAACAGUUUUCGUGUUUGCCAUACAUAUAUGCUCUGUUAAACUGCCUUAUUUGCCUAUGGUAUGGCACACCCCUCAUUUCUCCAAGAAACACGAUGGUCAUGACGGUCAAUUCGAUCGGCGCUGUAUUUCAGUUAGUCUACAUCAUGCUCUUCAUAACAUAUGCUGAAAAGGGGAAAAAGAUAAAAAUGUUAGGAUUGUUGCUUGGAAUAUUUGGCCUUUUCAUAGUUAUUGUUAUUGGGAGCUUACAAAUAGCUGACCUCUCUUUGCGACGGAAUGUUGUCGGGAUUUUGAGUUGUGCUUCUCUCGUAUCAAUGUUCGCCUCUCCCUUGUUUAUUAUUAAUUUGGUGAUUCGAACAAAAAGUGUGGAGUUUAUGCCAUUUUAUCUCUCGCUUUCAACCUUCCUCAUGAGCAUAUCUUUUUUCCUCUAUGGACUGUUCAAUUACGAUCUAUUCGUUUAUGCCCCAAAUGGGAUAGGAACUCUGUUGGGGAGUGUUCAAUUGGUGUUGUAUUGCUACUUCAGUCGAGUUGCUAGAGAGGAGUCUAGAGAACCUCUAAUUGUAUCCUAUGCGUAGAUAUGUACAUUGUGUAUUUACAUCAUGAUAAUGAGGAACAACAGAUUUCCAAGGGUUUGAUAAUUGGUUCUUCCACAGCAUUGGUGUGCAGUUCGUUGUUAGCCAACGAGCCGUUCUCGGGCUACAUUGUGUUUUGCUGUAAAAUUACCCUCUCCAUUAAUUUCUCCAUUUUGAUUGAUUGGUUUGUUUUUUCAACCCACCAAUCAGUUAAAUGGUGUAUUUUUAGACAACCAACCCGAAAUUCUCAAGAGUGAAGAAUGUUGUAAUAUUUUUUAGCCUUGUGAUUUAAAAGCUUUGUUCCAAUGCUCUGCUGCUCCACUCUCUCUCGCUCUCUCUCUCUCUCUGAUUUUGCUACGAACUGUUUGGAUUUGAAGAAUCUUGUAUCAAAUAAGAACCUAAAGAAAGGACAACGAAUGAAGUUUAACCA